AUGGAGUCACACACGAAAAACCAAGGCAGUAAUAGUAGCUCCCAAGAACCAGCUUUUCUUCAACUGGUUUCUCACCACCAACAAAGUCAACCAGAUCCCGGCCACACCUCCGUCCACCGGCACUUCACAGGCCCCGCUACUAGUAGCAUCACUUCCUCCUCGUCCACGACCCCAAUAACUACUACCAAUAAUAAUGAUAAUAACAGCAAUAAGAAUGAUUCCACCGCCAAGAAACCAUCCAAGGAUCGACAUACCAAGGUGGACGGCCGAGGGCGGCGCAUCCGUAUGCCGGCCCUAUGUGCAGCCAGAGUUUUCCAGCUGACCAAAGAAUUAGGCCACAAGUCUGACGGUGAGACUAUAGAAUGGCUUUUGCACCAAGCUGAACCAUCGAUUAUAGCAGCAACUGGCACAGGUACAAUUCCAGCCAAUUUUUCGACCCUCAACCUUUCUUUACGCAGCCGGGGAACCACCAUUUCAGCUUCACUAUCCAAGUCUAUGCCUCUCUUUAUCGGUGGCGCUACCAACAUGCUUGGGUUCCACCACCAGCUCACCUCAAACAGUGGGGGUUUUGGGCAAGACCUAGAUGCUGCAACCUCACAUUCAGAUACUAAACCUAGGAGAACCAUCAUGCAAGAUCAUGAACUAGGUUCAGAUCAGAAACCCGGUUCAUCUCAGCCCUCCAGCUUCAUCCCGGCUCCCGCCAUGUGGGCGGUGGCACCAGCGAACGCCAACAUAGGGAACGCCUUUUGGAUGCUGCCCGUGACUGAUGGAACUGCCAUGGCCCCUGUGGGUGCAGGGCAGCAAGAACACCCCUUCUGGCAAUACAAAACCUCCCCCACUCAGAGAAUUGGUGGCUUCGAGUUUACCGGAGUUGGCGACCGGUUUAACCCCGGAUCAAUGGUGGUGCAACACCCAUCGCCGCCGGUUCAGCAGCUGGGACUAGGUGUCUCAGAUACUACAAACAUGGGAUUGCUGGCCUCUAUCAAUUCAUAUAGUAAUGGUAACUGUAGGAUUGAUUUGGGCAUGAAUUUACAGCAAAACCAGCAACAAGAUAAUGUCAGUGAUGAUGAAAAUCCCAAAAAUUCUUGA